AUUUUCUUCUUCUUUUUUUUUGCAUUUCUCUCACACUCUCUUAAUCAUCAUGUCUUGUAUAUGAUCUUUUUUUAUUAUCAUCAUCAUCAUCAUCACAUCAUAAUCAUCGAAACACCACCAAAACCACUAGCAAUUAAAAUUGUUGUCGUCAAUGACGAAUCAUCCGAGUUACAUUUUUUUUUGUUUCUGUUUAUUUGUUCUUUUUCAUCAUCACUUGUUGUUCUAUGAAAGAAAUUCAUACAUUAUUAUACAUUCAAGUGCCAAACUUUUCUGUACACACAAACAACAACAACAACAACAACAAGUGAGAGAAUUUUGAAUUGAAACAAACAAUAAUCCGAUUUAUUAUAAACGAACGAAUCAAAAUUGACUAAAACAAAAACCGACAAUAGCGACAACAAUUCAUUAUUAACCUGCGAUAAAAAUAAUUCUUUUGGAUAAAUAAAAUUUGGACUACUUGUUCUACACCCAAGCACAACUUUACAUACAAACUGAAUCCAAUACUUCAAGUGAUAAAAUCAUUAUAUAUUACCAUAAUGCCUUCAGCAUGUAGCACUGAUCCUCCUUCAUCAACAUCUUCAUCAUCAUCAUCGGCAGCAUCAAUACAAUCAGCUCCAGAAUCAUCAUCAUCAUUAAAUGGUGAAACAAAUGGCAAUGGAACAUUAUCAAAUAAUGACAUAAUCAAUGAUCAAAAUGGUAAUACCCAUCAUUCAUCAACAACAAAGACGGCCACAAUUAAUGGUGAUGGUUUUACCGAAGAAGAUGUCGAUGAUGAAUUACCAUCCAUUGUCGCCACUGCCAAUGAUCAAGUUAAAAAUGAUGAUGAUCCUUCCACAGCAUCAAAAACAACAUCAUCGAAUAUUAUUGAUGAAAGUUUCGUACUUAUUCAUGAUAAUAGUUUCAAUAUCAAACUAUCGGCACCUGGUACUGAAACAUUUGAUCUACAGGUUAGUCCAGUAGAAUUGGUACAAGAAAUUAACCAUCAAUUAAUUGAUCGUGAAGAUACAUGUCAUCGUACAUGUUUUUCGCUUCAAUUGGACGGUGUCACUUUGGAUAAUUUUGCUGAAUUGAAAAAUAUUGAUGGUCUCAAAGAAGGUUCGGUUAUUCGUGUAAUUGAAGAACCGUAUACUGUUCGUGAAGCUAGAAUUCAUGUUCGUCAUGUUCGUGAUCUUUUGAAAUCAUUGGAUAUGUCUGAUUCAUAUAAUGGAAUCGAUUGUAAUUCAUUAUCAUUCAUGAAUAUCAUUGCUCAGAAUGAUCUUUCCGAUAUAAAGAAAACGAAUAAAUCAUUGCGAUCCGAUCUAUUGGACUGUCUUCCACCUGAUUAUGUUCUUCCAAUGUCUGACCAAGCUAGCAAUGGCAAUAAUGUCAACAAUGUGAAUAAUCAAUCGGCAACCAAUUCGAAUGGCAAUACCAAUGGUGCCAAUAAUAAUAUCAAUCAAAAUAAUAAUCAUUCAGGAAUUGGGAUCAACAAAGGUUGUGAGGUUCAAUUAACUCCAUUGGAGCCACAAAGCAAAGAUCUUCCAAAAACACCAUUUGCCUUGAAAGUUUUGACAGCAUCCGGUUGGAAUCCUCCACCUGGCCAUAGAAAAUUACGUGGUGAUUUAAUGUAUCUGUAUGUGGUAACAUUGGAAGAGAAACAAUUUCAUAUCACUUCAUCGGCACGUGGUUUUUAUGUGAAUCUUUCCACUGAUGAAGUGUUCAAUCCUAAACCAUCGAAUCCUAAAUUAAUCUUCCAUUCAUUGGUCGAAUUACUAAGUAAUAUAAGCCCAGCUUUCAAACGAAACUAUUCACUUAUACAAAAACGUCGUUAUCAGCGACAUCCAUUUGAACGUUUGGUUACACCAUAUCAGGUGUACACUUGGGCAGCACCACAAAUUGAUCAUACUGUCGAUUCGAUUCGUGCCGAAGAUGCCUUUUCAUCGAAACUUGGUUAUGAAGAACAUAUGCCUGGUCAGACUCGAGAUUGGAAUGAAGAAUUACAAACAACUCGAGAAUUGCCACGAAAAGUUCUUUCCGAACGUAUUAUUCGUGAACGAGCCAUUUUUAAAGUUCAUUCGGAUUUCGUUGCAGCCGCUACACGUGGAGCAAUGGCUGUUGUUGAUGGCAAUGUAUUGGCUUUGAAUCCGAAUGAAGAUACAAAAAUGCAAAUGUUUAUCUGGAAUAAUAUUUUCUUCUCAUUGGGAUUCGAUGUUCGUGAUCAUUAUAAAGAAGUUGGUGGUGAUGCCGCCGCUUAUGCUGCACCGUCUAAUGAUUUACAUGGUGUCCGUGCCUAUUCAUCAUUAAACAUUGAUGGUCUUUAUACAUUAGCCACUGCCGUUGUGGAUUAUAAAGGUUAUCGUGUUACUGCUCAAAGUAUAAUUCCUGGUAUACUUGAACGUGAUCAAGAACAAUCGGUUGUGUAUGGAUCGAUCGAUUUCGGUAAAACAGUCGUAUCACAUCCAAAAUAUUUGGAAUUGCUCAAAAAAGCCGGUGGUGUAUUGAAAAUUGUUCCACAUAAAGUGAUUAGUCAAGGUGGUGAAGAGGUAGAGAUUUGUUCAUCGGUUGAAUGUAAAGGAAUUAUCGGUAAUGAUGGACGACAUUAUAUAUUGGAUUUGUUACGAACAUUUCCACCAGAUCCACAUUAUGUAUUGACCGAUGGUGAAGAAUUAAGUCAAGAGAUGCGUGAUGCAGGUUAUCCACGUCGCCAUAAACAUAAACUUUCCUCACUUCGUCAAGAGCUUAUUGAUGCCUUUUUUGAGGCACGUUAUUUGCUAUUUAUUCGAAUGGCUGCAUUCUAUCUUCAACAAUCUGAUUCGGAGAAUAAACUUGGAUUACUUAAAAAUCCUCAGCCACAACAACAAAUCGAAUCGGAAUCAAAAUCAGAUGUUGAUGAAAAGAAAACCGAUAAAGAUGAAAGCAAUGAACAAAAACAAGAACCAUCGAUUACUCAGACAAAAGAUGAUGAAGUAUCAAAAGAUUAUGAAAAGAUUGCAGAAAAAAUUGUAUCACCUGAAAAAAUUAGCGAACCAGAUAAUAAUGAAAAAUCAACAUCCACAGAAAAUGCAACAACAACUUCUUCGAACAACGAAUCGACUGAAAAGGAAAUUGAACAACAAAAUACAAAAGAGAUUAUUCGAAAAGCUGCCAACGAUGUUGGAUCGCUUAGUGAUAGUGAAUUUGAUAUUCGUUUUAAUCCGGACAUUUUUUCACCUGGUGUUGUUCAUGCCGAUAACGAUUCAGAAACAUUCAAAAGACAAAAACAAUUGAUCAAAGAUGCAGCCGAAUUUUUAGUCAAAAUACAAAUUCCAACUCUGGUUCGUGAAUUGUUGGACCAUUCAAUAUAUCUAUACGAUGGUUUAACAUUGACCGAUACUUUCCGUUCACGUGGAAUCAACAUGCGUUAUUUGGGUAAAUUUACCGAAAUUCUUUCCAAACAACAAUCAUUAGAUUAUGCAAUGUCAAUUGCUGUUUGUGAGUUAAUUUGUCGUUCGAUCAAACAUAUGUUUGUCAACUAUAUGCAAAGUGUUGAAGUUGUUUACAUGGCAACGGCAAUCAGUCAUUUUUUGAAUUGCUUCCUUUCGUCGACAGUGACACAACCAUCAAUCAUCGAUGAAAUAAACAAACAUUCAAAACGAAGAGGAAAAAAAUUCCGAAAUGGGCGCACGGUUUCACCGAAUGAGAAUGGUACAGGAAAAAUUGUUACGGAUCGGCAAAGUUUUGAUUGGCUUUCAAUGACUUCGAAAUCAUUUUGGACACAAUUACGUAACGAAAUGGAUUCAUAUUAUGGUUGGAGUGCACCGAAAGAUGUUGAUUCAGUCGAAUCAUUAUUGCAUCGAUAUUCAAUACAGAAAAUUUCUUUACUUCGUAUUGUGUGCAUUCGAACAGGCAUACAGAUUUUGUUACGUGAAUAUAAUUUUGAACAUAAAAGUCGUCCGGCUUUCACAGAUGAUGAUAUAUUGAAUGUUUUUCCUAUCGUUAAACACAUUUCACCACGUGCUAAUGAUGCAUACAAUUUGUUUCAAAACGGGCAGCGAAAAAUUUCAGAAGGAAAUAUUCGUGAUGGAUAUGAUUAUAUUUCCGAAGCAUUAAAUCUAUUCAACAGUAUAUAUGGUCCAUUACAUCCGGAUAUUGUUCAAUGUCUUCGUCUAUUGGGUCGUAUCAAUUAUGUUCUUGGCGAUUAUGGCGAAGCGUGUUCAUAUCAACAGAAGGCCGUAUUGAUGAGUGAAAAAGUCAAUGGAAUUGAUCAUCCACAUACGAUUACUGAAUAUAAUUUUCUUGCCCUUUAUAGUUUUGCUAAUUCACAAAUCUCAGCAUCAUUGAAAUUUUUAUAUCGUACACGUUAUUUACUUUCAUUGAUUCAUAGUCAAAAUCAUCCAGAAAUGGCCGUCAUUGAUAGCAACAUUGGUCUUAUAUUACAUGCUAUUGGAGAAUAUGAUUAUUCAUUGCGUUUUCUUGAACAUGCUUUACAAUUGAAUCUCCGAUAUUUUGGAAAAAGAAAUCUAAAAGUAGCAUUAAGCUAUCAUCUUGUAGCACGAACAUUAUCAUGUAUGGGCGAUUUUCGUGGUGCUCUCAAUAAUGAAAAAGAAACCUAUUUGAUAUAUAAAAGAGAGUUGGGUGAAAAUCAUGAAAAAACAAAAGAAAGUUCAGAUUGUCUUCGACAUUUGACCAAUCAAGCGGUGGUAUUGCAAAAGAAAAUGAAUGAAAUCUAUAAAGGCAAUGUGAAUAUGAUUAUACCACCGAUACAAAUACAACCACCAUCGGUUAAUUCGGUGAUGGAACUAUUGAACGUUAUAAAUGGAAUAUUAUUCUUACAUAUAAGCGCACAAGAUGUGGAAAAUCUUCGUGAAAUGCAAAUAAUGAAAACAAAACAACAACAAACAAAUCAACAACAGGAUGAACCAGCAUCACAAAUGGAUGAUUAUCAAGAAAAUCCACAACAACAAUCUAGCUCAAAAUUAUUGAAUGAAAAUACUACCGGUACUAGUAACAGUAGUAAUUCGGAUAAUAUGAAUAGUAAUAAAAAUAGUGCAAUUACGGCUGCAUCUUCAUAAUCGGAAUUGUGCAUGUAUGUGUGUGUGUGUCCACUCUCAUUUUUUUAAAAUA